ACCCACACGCCGACGCGACAAUGAGCCAAGCCGACCAUGGCCGAAGUGCUGGGUGCGCCCACGCUCGUCCAUGUGGCGCUGCUGAGUGGGCGGUCUGUGGCGCUGGUGCCGAAAGCGGCGGAAACGCUCCGAGAGCUGAGGCUACGGGCGGAGCAGGAGCUGCAGCUGGGCCUCGACGUGCUGCUUGGCCCCGAAGGCCAGGCCUUGCCGGAGGACAGCAGCCUGGAGGCCCUGGGGCUCGGACACUUGGUGGCCGUGGCGCGCCAGGCGCGGCUCUGCUCGGGGCGCUGCAGCCAAGCCUUCGCGCUGAUCCGGGCGGACGGCUCGGUGGCAACCUGGGGCCUGGCAAAAGGGGGCGGCGAUAGCCAUGCUGUGUGGCUCAGGCAGGUGCGACAGAUUUGUGCCUCUGCCGCUGCCUUUGCAGCGCUGCGGCAAGAUGGCCGAGUGGUGACCUGGGGCCGCCCCAAGUACGGUGGCCACAGCCUCCAUGUGUGGGGCCAGUUGCAUGAUGUGCGGCGGCUGGCCGCCACCUGCGGGGCCUUCGCGGCGCUCCGAAGCAGCGGCCAGGUGGUGGCCUGGGGCUCCACGCGCCACGGCGCGCCGAGUCGCGGCGGGGGACUGGUGGCGGAGGAGGUGGUGGAUCUUGUCGGGGCCAACACAGCCUUCGCAGCGCUUCAGGCAGAUGGCACAGUCGUCACGUGGCCCCGGCAGCGCUCCUCUGGCCUGAGGCUUCGGCCCCCGCUGUGGGCGUGCUUCGACAGCUUUGCGGCGCUGGACGAUCGCGGAGAGAUGGUCGUCUUCGACAGCUUGGCCAGGGAGCAGGCCCGGGUGCCGGACGUGGCGAAGGUUGCCGCCAGCGCCGAAGGCUUCUGCUUUCUGCUGAAGGACGGCUCCGUGGUGAGUGCAGAUGGCGAGGUGCACAGUUUCCCCUCGCCGCUGCGAGAGCUCUGCGCUUCCGGCUAUGCCUUCGCCGGCAUCGGCGAGGACGGCGCUGUGAGGGCCUGGGGCGACCCCGCUUUUGGCGGGGACUGCAGCGCGGUCCAGGAGCAGCUCAAGGAUGUUCAGGUCUUGGUUGCCACGGAUGGCGCAUUUGCAGCCCUACGCUGUGAUGGCGUAGUCGUAGCAUGGGGUGAUGCUGCCAAGGGCGGCGAUUGCGGUGGUGCGCAGCUGACGGACAUCUGCCAGCUGUGUGCCUCCAGCCUGGCCUUUGCGGCGCUGCGAGACGAUGGCCGGGUGAUCUCCUGGGGCAACCUACGGGGCGGCGAACCGCCCGCGGGUUUGCGCGGGUAG